AUGGGUGUGCGCAAUAACGACCCAAGACCAAAGAACCGCGGCGUCGUUGUACGCUCCGGCGACACCCUCAUCGUGAACGGAUAUGACGUGGUCUACGAAGCCUUCGCUACACGUGAGCACCACUUCAUGGAGACACCGCAUCUUUACAUUCCACGCCAGCUCAUCGGAUACGAUGGUCUUAUCUUUGGUGCCUACGGAGAGCGAUGGAAGAACAUACGUAAAUUCACCAUGACGGUGCUGCGAGACUUCGGGGUCGGCCACGCAACGCUAAAGGAACGCAUCAUGGCGGAGCUGGAGGCGGUCACGGCCGCAGCCAACGUCAUCUGCUCUAUAAACUUCGGCGACAGAUUCGAGUACAGCAAUGAGAAGUUUCAGCGCUUGUUGAACGUGACCGAUGAGCUGUUCUCCAUGAGACUCAUAACGGCCGUGGAUAACGUCAUGCCAAUCCUGCGCUUCAUACCCAACGGCUUUCUGCCAAAGGCACUCGCCAUCUUUACAGAAAUACGCAGGUUUACCCAAGAGGUGAUCGAUGAACACAGAUCGACGUUCGACCCUGAAAACAUACGAGACUUUGUGGACUACUACUUAUUGGCAGCGCAUGAGAGCGCACAUAAGGAUAGCGAUGUGACUAUUGCCAAGGGCGUUGAGCUGGACAGCUUCAGCGAUAGUCACCUGUUCCAAAUAUUGGCCAACUUAUUUAACGGUGGGACGGAGACGACAGCGACCAGCCUCGGCUGGUUGUUCCUAUACCUGCUGAAAUAUCCAGACGUGCAGAGAAAGGAGCAACAGGAGAUCGAUACGUAUACACACGCCAUGAUCGUGGAGAUGCAGCGACACGCUAACAUUGCCGCCAUCGGGCCGCCCCACGCACCGCUGCGGGACACGUUCUGGCACCGCUACAAUAUCCCGCGCAAGUCGAUGAUCAUCGCAAACCUGUGGUCUGUGCAUCGUGACCCCAAGUACUGGCAUAACGCGGACGCGUACGAUCCUGACCGCUGGCUGGACAAGGACGGGAAAUUCGUCAAGCGCGAGGCCUUUCUGCCAUUUCUCAUAUAA